AUGACGCGAUUGUCUAACGGUCAGGCUGACUCUCAAAUCUACCGGAGUGAACUGUGUGUACAAGUGGUGUGUUUUGUCAUCGUCUUAUUGACGAUUCCGUCUGUUGUUCGUCUAGUUCCUGACAUCCACGAGGCAGCCGGUCGCCUAGACGACCGGACCCAAUACUAUCCAUCCUAUGCCUCUCUGAACAGGGCCGUAGGGGUAGCUCCAGAUGCCAUAUUGCCCGGCCAGGCACGGGGAUGGUCUGACUUGCUAAGAGCCUGUACCGAAGAUGGUUGUUCACCCAGAAAUGGGCUGAUCCAAAGGGCGCUUUACGGAGGAGGGCUGAACAACGCCUGGCUAGUUGAUCAAUUCACCGAUUUUCGUGCUCUGCCCAUUUCAGGCUCCUGCGAGGCGGCCGGUGGAGAUGGGUUUUGCCGUCGCGUCGUACCCAACAGCUUCUGUGCCAUGCGUCGGGACGAGUGCUUCUGCCUGCCCGGUCAUGUGUCGGUGCAAGAGGAGAACGGACGCAUCGUGUGCAAGCCAUGUGAGUCGACUCUUUUCCUCUCCCUAUUGUCCUCGCCCAACGUGCCCUCUUCUAAUGGUACCGAUGACGCAGAAAGUGAGGCUGGUCUCAGUAACUGCUUGAUGGGGCGGAGAAACUAG